CCGGAUCGGCGAAGAGGGCUCCAUGAUUGGCUGGCGCCGUGGCCCCGGGCGGUGGGGGAGCCUGGCGAGUCUGGGUUUUAAACCCGUGCUGGGCUUUCUCCAUCCGUGUUUCGAUGCCAUGGGGAGCUGCAGAGGGCUGAGAGUCGGCUCAGCGCAAACCUGGAUUUGGUUCUAAGAGCCGUGUAGUUUAGAAGGGGUGGCCGGAAGUGAUCUUGGGCUGACCGGAAGUGAGGCCUGGCGGGGAAAGAGAGCGGAUCCUGGGAGGGAGGGGGCUUCCAGCAGAAAGGGGCGGGGGGAAAAGGUGCGAAAGCGGCGUGGAAGCGCGGGGUAGGCAGCCGGUAGCUGCUACUGGUCUGUUUGGAAAGCAGCGAGUGACCACCAGGAGCUCAAGGGGAGAGCCCAAAGCGUGGGAGUGCGAGGAGUCCAGGGUUGUCUCUGGGCAGUCUGGAAGAGUUAAGCCAAACGGCCCUCGCGCGGCUCCGGAGAGCUGGGGGGAGGGAUUUUGGAAGUCAGAGUAGACAGACAAGAGCGAGGAUCUAAGGGUGCGGGAGCUUAGUUGUGUGGGCAGUGCGGGUCGGGCUUGAGGGUGGCUGGUGGAUACUGCUUGGGAGACCUUGGUUUGGAGUUUUCUACAGUCUUGCAGUCUUACCCACGUUGGGUAGAAUCACACUGCUCGCCUUUGUACAAGAAACGGUGUCUCCUGAGGCAAGGAAGGAGCCAGGAUGGCCUGGGCUCUGAAGCUGCCUCUGGCCGAUGAGGUGAUUGAAUCCGGGCUGGUGCAGGACUUUGAUGCUAGUCUGUCCGGGAUCGGCCAGGAACUGGGUGCUGGUGCCUAUAGCAUGAGUGAUGUCCUCGCAUUGCCCAUUUUUAAGCAAGAAGAGUCAAGUUUGCCUCCAGAUAAUGAGAAUAAAAUCCUACCUUUUCAGUAUGUGCUUUGUGCUGCCACCUCUCCAGCAGUGAAACUCCAUGAUGAAACCCUGACAUAUCUCAAUCAAGGUCAGUCUUAUGAAAUCCGUAUGCUAGACAAUAGGAAACUUGGAGAACUUCCAGAAAUUAAUGGCAAGUUGGUAAAGAGCAUAUUCCGUGUAGUAUUCCACGACCGACGGCUACAGUACACUGAACAUCAGCAGCUGGAGGGCUGGAGGUGGAAUCGACCUGGAGAUAGAAUUCUGGACAUAGAUAUCCCAAUGUCUGUGGGUAUAAUCGAUCCUAGGGCUAAUCCAAACCAGCUAAAUACAGUGGAGUUCCUGUGGGAUCCUGCAAAGAGGACAUCUGUGUUUAUUCAGGUGCAUUGCAUUAGCACAGAGUUCACUAUGAGGAAACAUGGUGGAGAAAAGGGAGUGCCAUUUCGAGUACAAAUUGAUACCUUCAAGGAGAAUGAGAAUGGGGAGUAUACUGAGCACUUACACUCAGCCAGCUGCCAGAUCAAAGUCUUCAAGCCCAAAGGCGCAGACAGAAAGCAAAAAACAGAUAGGGAGAAAAUGGAGAAACGAACACCUCAUGAGAAGGAGAAAUAUCAACCUUCCUAUGAGACAACAAUACUCACAGAGUGUUCUCCAUGGCCUGAGAUCACAUAUGUCAAUAAUUCCCCAUCACCUGGCUUUAACAGUUCUCAUAGCAGUUUUUCUCUUGGGGAAGGAAAUGGUUCGCCAAACCACCAGCCAGAGCCACCACCUCCAGUAACAGAUAACCUCUUGCCAACAACCACACCUCAGGAGGCUCAGCAGUGGUUGCAUCGAAACCGUUUUUCCACUUUCACAAGGCUUUUUACAAACUUCUCAGGGGCAGAUUUAUUGAAACUAACUAGAGAUGAUGUGAUCCAAAUCUGUGGCCCUGCAGAUGGAAUCAGACUUUUUAAUGCAUUAAAAGGCCGGAUGGUGCGCCCAAGGCUAACCAUUUAUGUUUGUCAGGAGUCCUUGCAGCUCAGGGAGCAGCAGCAGCAGCAACAGCAGCAGCAGCAGAAGCAUGAGGAUGGAGACUCAAACGGUACUUUCUUCGUGUACCAUGCCAUCUACCUAGAAGAACUGACAGCUGUUGAACUGACUGAAAAAAUUGCACAGCUUUUCAGCAUUUCCCCUUGCCAGAUCAGCCAGAUCUACAAGCAGGGGCCAACAGGAAUCCAUGUGCUCAUCAGUGAUGAGAUGAUACAGAACUUUCAGGAAGAAGCUUGUUUUAUUCUGGACACAAUGAAAGCAGAAACCAAUGAUAGCUAUCAUAUCAUACUGAAGUAGGUGUGGGCCAUUUCCUCCUCAGUGGCUGCUGCGUCCUUCACCUAUUGAAACCUCCCCUCUUGAAAGGGGUGGCAAAUGGAGAUUUGAAGGGCUGCAGGACCUGACCUGUCUGACUGUGUGGGGGAGUCCUGGCCAUGGAGGCAGAAUCCCAGCCAUCCUUGCUGGCCCAAGAUCUGUGGCACAAACAGAUUACUGCCCAACAUGCAUUUCUGCAACUAUUCUUAAUUAACAUUUCUGGACCCUUUUGUUGUUGAAUAUCAAUAGAAACGCCACAUCAUUUAGGGUGAAUGUAGGGCAUAAUGGUGAUGAGAAUUGUGUGAUGUGUAAUGGAAAGGUGUUAAGUUUUGUGGUCUGGAGCCAUGUAAAUUUUUUCUGACAUAAAAGUGAACAUCUCUAUUCAUAAGACUAGAUGCUCAAUCUUUUUUUGCAUCAAACACACUGGCUUUUUGCCACAAUUGGCCUCUGAAAACCUCAUCAAAGAACAGAGAGAUAGGACAGAAUUCUUCUUUUGAUUCCCCGAAGUUCUAUGACUAAUAGUAAUUUUAGCUAAUAUUUGUUGCACAUUUACUUGUGCCAGGCAGUGUGAUAAAUUAUUUACAUGGAUUAUCUUGUUUAAAUUCUCUUAAUAAACCUAUAUGAAGUUGGUAAUAAUGAUCCCUAAUUGAAGAUGAGGAAAAGGAGCCACAGAGUGGCUAAGGAGCUUGCUGGGUAACAGGCAGCUAGCGGCUAUGACACUGAAAUGCACACCCAGGCAAUCUGGCUCUUGUUAACUGCCAUCCGUGACUGCCACCCUUGCAGUGCCCUGUGCUUUCCAUGGUUUCUUACUGUGGCUGGAACCGAGGAAUCAACACCAAAGGGAUAAGCCACACCUAAAUAAUGAUGAAUAAAUCAAGACUUAAAAAAAUUAAAACACAGAUGCUUUUAAAGCAUCAUCAGUUAUCAGAUUCACAGAAUUUGAGGUGGUGAAGACUAGGGAUUAUCUCCCUAGUAACUCCCCAAACUCACUGUUCUUGAAUGACCUUCUCAAACUAUUUAUUAACGAGUUAGACUAACCCCUGCUUUCUCUUUGCCCUCUCUGCCUCUUCUUUUGGCAUAGGAAGUUCUUUCACUCAUGUAGGGUUCUUUUGUAUAGGCUUUACAAGAAAUUCAUUCCGAUCCCAUUCGCAUUCUUACCAUAUUCUUUAGUUCUUCCUGAUUGUGAUUGUGUGCGCUUGUGUGUGCGCAUGUGUAAGACUACAGGUCUUUUUUCACCCAUGAAGCUUUAUCCAGAAACCCCUUUAAACAUUAUGUUGAGGUGAAGAAAGAUAAUGUUCAAAAGAUUCUGUACUGAAUUCAGAUCUGUGUGUGUGUGUGUUUUUAAAGCAUUUGAUAAAGUUUAAAUGUUUUUAUACAGAGAUUUUCGUUCAUUAAAAUCAACCUGCAACGUGG